GACAAACUUUGUAAGCCCAGAAACCGAAGCCAAAUAGAAUAAACAACGAAGUUAGCUGUUCUAUUAGCUUUUAUUUACUGACAUGGCAGCGACGGAGCCUGCGACUUGUCCAGGCUCAACACCACCAGAGUCGGUAGUACCAGCUUGCAUGUUCGCACCGGACCGAGGAUGUUCUGAUGAUCCACCAGGUGAAGAAGGCUUUGAGGACUGCGAGGGUGAAAAUGGGGUUUCUGUGGAUUCUCUCGAUUUAAGCAACAAGCUGGUUCUUGUGAGCCCAACAGGAGAACAAUAUGAUUCAUUACUUCGACAACUAAGAGAGCGGAUAGAGGAGGGCUGUGGAGAGACCAUCUAUGUUGUUGGGUUGGGCUCAGAUGGAGGCGAUUAUGGUCUGGAUGAGAAGGACAUGGACGCGUCCGUAGCCACAGUGCAGUCGCUAUGUGAACAGGUUGAGGCUGACUUAAUCCUGCUGAGAGAAAGGACAGAAAGUGGUGGCAAGAUUCGGGACUACCUCAUCCGUCGACAUGUGGGGGAGCAGGAUUUCCUGGAAGUCAGAGUUGCAGUUGUCGGCAAUGUGGAUGCUGGGAAGAGCACCCUGCUUGGUGUGCUGACCCAUGGCGAGCUAGACAACGGCAGAGGCUUCGCCCGACAGAAGCUCUUCAGACACAAGCACGAAAUGGAAAGUGGCAGGACCAGCAGCGUGGGUAAUGACAUCCUGGGCUUUGACCAGGAGGGACAGGUGGUUAACAAGCCAGACAGCCAUGGUGGGGGUUUAGACUGGAUAAAAAUCUGUGAGAAGUCCUCAAAGGUCAUCACCUUUAUUGACCUGGCCGGCCAUGAGAAGUAUCUCAAAACCACUGUUUUUGGCAUGACAGGCCACCUGCCUGAUUUCUGCAUGCUUAUGAUUGGCAGUAAUGCAGGGAUAGUUGGCAUGACUAAAGAACAUCUUGGUCUGGCUUUAGCCCUAAAUGUACCCGUCUUUGUAGUUGUUACAAAGAUAGAUAUGUGUCCAGCUAACAUCCUGCAAGAGACACUAAAAUUACUACAGAGAUUAUUAAAGUCACCGGGCUGCAGAAAGAUCCCCGUACUAGUCCAGAACAAGGACGAUGUCGUCGUCACAGCCUCCAACUUUAGCUCAGCGAGGAUGUGUCCCAUUUUCCAAAUCUCAAACGUGACGGGGGAGAACAUGGACCUGCUGAAGAUGUUCUUAAACCUCCUCUCCCCAAGGACGACUUAUAACAAUGAUGAGCCAGCAGAGUUCCAGAUAGACGACACAUACUCAGUACCGGGUGUGGGUACAGUAGUUUCUGGUACCACACUGCGUGGAGUAAUACGACUCAACGAUACGUUACUCUUAGGCCCAGACCCGCUUGGCACCUUCAUCCCUAUUGCUGUGAAGUCCAUCCAUCGCAAAAGAAUGCCUGUUAAAGAGGUUCAUGGUGGGCAGACUGCAUCCUUUGCUUUAAAAAAGAUAAAAAGAUCAUCAAUAAGGAAAGGAAUGGUGAUGGUCUCUCCAAAACUAAUGCCUCAAGCUACCUGGGAAUUUGAGGCUGAAAUCUUGGUGCUUCACCAUCCAACCACAAUAUCUCCAAGAUACCAGGCAAUGGUCCACUGUGGCAGCAUUAGGCAGACUGCCACUAUCCUUACCAUGAACAAAGACUGUCUAAGGACAGGGGACAAGGCUUCAGUCCAUUUCCGCUUCAUUAAGACGCCGGAGUAUCUGCACUGUGAUCAGAAGCUCGUAUUCAGGGAAGGUCGAACCAAAGCCGUAGGCAGAAUCAUGAAGCUUCUCCAGUCAGUUGGCACACAGGCUGCUAAAGCCCAGCAGUCCAAGUCUCAGGCCAAUAAGAAGUUUUCUAGAGACGGGACAACAGGGAAUGAAGACGCUGGAUCAACUAACCAACCACAAAGUCCAACAACAUCAACAGUGGCAGAGGAGGCUUUUUGUAAAGAAGACGACAAAGAAAACAAGCUGAAAUCAGGAGGCGGGGGCCGUCGAAGAGGGGGUCAGAGACAUCGAGGGAAAGGUCCAAAUGCUCCUAACAUGUCUUCAGGAAUGCCAACAGGAGCAGCAGGCUCAUCCUAAAAGCUCAAGAUUCACUGUAUCAUCAUUAUCCCUCUGCUGGUUGUCUAAAAAGAAACAAUGGUCUUUCAGCUUGCUUUUUUUAAAGAUUUUUAUUGAUCCACAUUGGACUGUUGGAAGUCAUACUUUAAAACAUGUUUGUAUUUGUGGAUUGCAAUAGAUACUUCCCUAUUUUUACUGAAACUUUUCAGACAUUUUUUCAGGACAUCCUCAGAGGCAUUACUUCUUUUUACCCACUUUCCAGUUUUCAAAACUGUUAUUUUCUUUAUUUUACUGUACUCUUAUGCCCACCUUUACCUGCCUCCACUGUUUAUUUGGGAUAAAGUUUCUGUAAGUUUGCUGUAAGUUUCCUGAAUCAAGCAAAUUAGAGCAGACAGAAUGUUUUCAGUCUCAGUUCUUUAAAGUGAAUCUGUUUUAUAGGAAGUGGCAUUGUCAUUUUGGUUUUGAGUCGUCUUGACAGUGAGUGGAUGUCGGACAUGUUGGCUGUAGCAAUCUGACAGCAAGUACUCAAUAAACGCAGCUGCUUUGUUAGUUUACACAAAUACUGCUGUGAAUGGUAGCAGUUUUUAUGGAACAUUGCUAAUGAUGUUCUUGCUGUGAGAAAAUGGUGUGUAUUUGGUUAAUAUUUCGGAAAUCUGAAAGAAAAUACCUGGCCCCUGCUCACAAAGUGGGAUAAGUACUUCAAAAUAUUUCUAUAACCCAACUUUUCUAUUUCCGAAAGCUACAAAGCUGUUAUCCUGAGUCAUUUAACUACCUAAACCAGCUCUGGUCUUCAGCAGGUUUUGUUGAUCUUACUCUGAGUCUGAAAUGUCAGUAAAGGAAUGUUUUUCACUGUAGGAGUCUGUAGACCUUGAACAGCAAAUACUCAAUGCAAUUAGAUGUAUUUUAAUAUCUGGAUUCAAAUAUAUUUGAAUAUCAUUUUCUCGCUAAUCAAUAAUUAACCUGGAUAAAAUUUAUGUUGCAGAUUUCUCAUAUAAAACAAGUACAAGUUCUUUGUAUGGCAUUUUGGUACUUUGGUUUUAUGAUAGGCUUACACUUAACUCUAUGCUGAGCUUAUUCAUAACUGAGUUACCUUGUUGAUAUAAAAAAGAUUUGAAUAUCACUGAGCCAAAUAGGACUAUUCAGGAAUCUGCUAACAAUUCAAGCUAAUUUUAGCCUGCUUUCUAAAAUGCUAGACACCGUAGCUUUUACUUCAUUUGAAAUGAGGGGACACUUGUAUGUUUUAUUUUCCUUUGUUUGCUAGAAUCUGUCGGUUUUUGUUUGACUCCUCUUAAUAGGGAGUCAAAGCACAAAGGAAGAAUUUCUUAAAAGUCAAACUGCAAAAAUUGCCCAUAAAUUGCUCAGAAUCGUGUAACAUGACAUGCAGUUUCUAACAACCACAUUCUAAAACUACACCAUCAAAAGGAAU